UAGGUAUUCUUUUCCUUCUCCUCCCCUUUUCCGUCUGAUUUUCGCAGUAUUUUUUAAUGGUUUUUCUCCCUAAUUAAAACUAAUUUACUUCUCUUAGCUUCAUCACUCACAUGCAUGUUUACUUCCCAUUUCCCAACUACAUUAUUUUAUACCGAGAAGAAGACGAUUUUUUAUUUUAUAGUGGUGAAGGUUUUUGAGGGUCUAUAUGUCCCUCAAUCAGUCAAGGUUUGAUAAGAACGAGUUACAGUUUAGAAAACCAGGUUGUGGACGAUCUGGUUCUGGCUCUGGCUCUGGUGGUCAGCAAAGACCUUUUUUUGGUGGUCGUGGGCGAGGUGGUGCUGGCGCCACAUCCACUGCCACCGACCCUUAUGUUUCUUCUAAUCGAAGUUAUAAGAAGGUUGUUAAUCCUCAAAGUGGUCAGCCUGGAGGAAAUGCAGGACCAACCAAUACUUCAAAUUUUAAUGCUGCUACUGGUUUUCAAUCUGCGGAGAAAUCAACAUUACGUGCAGUUUCGAAUGCUCCAACUCCAUCUAUCAUCCCCAAGUCAGCUGAUACAUCAUCUCAAAAACCCAGCCAGCCAGUUCUAAAGGCCCCUUCUUUGCAGUCUUCCUCCAUGAGUUCAGAUUCUGCAAUGCCCUCUACCCCAUCAAAGGGUGAUGGAUCUAAGGAUUUUCCUCUGCAAUUUGGAUCCGUAAGUCCAAGUUUAAUGACUGGCAUGCAGGUACCUGCUCGUACGAGCUCAGCUCCACCUAAUUUGGAUGAGCAAAAGCGUAAUCAGUUGCAGGCUCGACGUGAUGCUUCGAGGCCUGCUCCGGAAAUUCCAUUACCAUCUGCUCCCAAGCAGGAUUUGCCAAGAAAGGAUGUUUCUGUUACCGAGCAUCCUAUUGCGCAGGAGACUUAUAUUAAGUCCAAAAAAAAUGUGCAAGUGACAUUUGUAUCUCCAACACGAGCACAUAAACCUUCUACCCUUCCCACACCGGGACUAUCUGUUCCGUUACCCUCCCAUCAGCAAAAUGUUUCCUUGCAGUUUGGUGGACCUAAUCGUCAAAUUCAGUCUCAAGGCAUGACUCCUGCUUCGCUUCAAAGGCCAAUACAGAUGGGAAAUCCUUCCCAAGUUCCUCAACCGGUUUUUGUGUCUGCUGUCCAACAUCCGCUUAUGCAAACUCAGGGAAUUAUGCAUCACGGUCAGAAUCCGGCUUUCCACUCUCAGCUUACACCACAGCAUCCACAUCAAUCAGGGAAUGUUGGAAUAAAUAUAUCUACUCAGUAUAAUCAACAGAAGGCUGGAAAAUAUGACAGUGCACGUAAGACAGUGAAGAUAACUCAUCCGGAAACACAUGAGGAAUUAAGACUAGAUAGUAGAGAUGGUGGAUUAACUGCAUCACGAGGGCAUCAAAAUGGGCCCUCACAGUCCCAACCAGUAUCUGCUUACACUGGAGUACAUCCCAUGGGCUACUAUUCUAACUCUUAUCCAACUGGUCUUCCAUUUUUUCCUGCCCAAUCUUCGCAUACUUUGACAAGUGCACAGUUAAAUGCUAGCCCUCAGGCGCCCAGGUUUAACUAUUCCGUAAGUCAGACACCCCCUACUAUGCCAUUUAUGAACCCAUCUGUGUCUAAUACCUAUUCCGUUCCCAGAGUUGGGGCUUCAUUGCAUGGCACUGCUGACUCUUCCAAUUUGGAUCAUGUUAGAGAUGCUCAGACAGUGGUUCCUUCAUCUCAAUCUUCUUCAGACCCUGUGAUUGUGAAAACAGCUGCUGGGGAGGUCAUAAAGUUCAAUGCUGCUUCCAUUCCAUCACAGAAUUCAAGUCCAGUAGCACCUGCUGUUCCUGGCUUGAUUCCCAGAGAGUCAUCAGCUAUUAUGCAAGUGAAUAUUGCAAAGAAGGAAACUGUAACUAAGUCUGUGUCCGUCAGGGAUGUUGACAAGCAAUUGGGCAAAAAAGGACAUGCUGAACCACCACUCCAGGUUGUUGGGGAGCAAUGUGAUUCCGGAGUGUCUCAGGACCUUGCUGGUUCUUCAAAGGCUAUGGUCAAUGAAUCCACAGACACUAAAAGCUCUAUAUUAUCAGUCUCUAAGGUCGUUACAUCAGAAGCUGUCCAAACAUCCCCUCUAAUUGCUUCUGCAGUAUUUAGUGGUGUUGAUGGUGUUAAUAUUGGUGCUGAAAGCACAUCUAAUUCAUCUGAAAAUUCCAAAACCGAUAAUGGUGCGGAUAAAGCAGUUAAAGAGCUGAAUGCAAAACAAAAUGAUCUUCCUUUGCUUGAGAAAACCACCAAUGAGUCUACGGAUGCCAAUGUAAGAGAGGAAAAUGAACCGAGAGAGCCUCCUUCAGAUAAUUCUACAACUGCUUUCAACACUGCCAAUGAGAGCGAUCAGGAUCUCCAAUUGAAAAAAGUUGGUCAUGUGAAAGGUUUACCUGAUGCUUCAAAGAGAGGGGCUGAAUUUAGAGAUUUUUGUAUUGAAGCUGAUAAAAUGAACACAGAAAGCUCUUUGCUUCUUGAUGAUUCAUCUGCUAUUUCUGAUGGUUGUAGCAUCUCAGAUUUCAGUACGUUGUCUGGGGCAACAGAUGUCAUCAGUUCCAAAGGUAACAAUGUUUCAAAAUCUGGUAUGUCAGCCUAUGAGGCUACCUCUGUUUUUGCAAAUAUUACUGAUCCACGUUUACGGAAUGAAGGUGAAGUCGUGGAUAUCCCAAGGCCAAGUUCUUCAUCAGGUACUUUGUCAGGCUCCAGUAAAACUUCUAUGGAAUCAAAUAAGUUGAAUCGAGGCAAGAAGAAGCGGAAGGAAUUGCUUCAGAAGGCAGAUGCUCAGGGGAUAACUGCUGAUCUUUACAUGGCUUAUAAGGGACCUGAGGAAAAGAAAGAAAUUGGUGUUGCCACAGAAAGCAACUGUGUAGCUAACACAAAAGAGGCAUCUGGUGAUAUUAAAUCGGAAGAGAGUACUGGUAGGGACACAAAUGAGCAGAGUAAAGCUGAGCUUGAUGAUUGGGAAGAUGCUGCUGAAAUUCCUACUCCAAAAUUGGAGUCCUCAGUUAUGGGUUAUAGUGGAGGCUCAGUUCAUGAUGAAGAUGGGGUUGCAAUCAAAAUGUAUUCUAGAGAUUUCCUCCUUACAUUUUUAGUACAAUGUACUGAUCUCCCAGAAGGGUUUGAAAUUACUUCUGAUAUAGCUGAUGUAUUAAUGUCUGAAAAAGUUAAUGUUUCUCGUAGCUCUGGAAGAAUCAUAGAUAGGCCAACAGGAGCCGCCCGAAUUGAUCGGCGAGGGAGUGGGAUGAUGGAUGCUGACAGGUGGAAUAAACAGCCAGGUCCGGUUAGGGAUUCUGGGAUAGAUCUUGCUUAUGCAAGCAAUAUCAUGGGUUUUCGUGCUGGUCCAGGGCCUAAUUAUGGGGUGCUCAAGAGCCCACGGAUGCAUGGUCCAGUUCCACAAGCUGGAGGGAUUCUGUCUGGUCCGAUGCAUUCCACGGGUUAUCAGGGAUUGCAAAGAAAUAACUCUGAUGCUGAUCGUUGGCAGAGAGCUACAAAUUUUAAUAGAGGUUUAAUUUCUGCUCCACAGGGUCCUUCCCAAGUGAUGCACAGAGCUGAGAACAAGUACGAGAUUGGUAAAAUAUCUGAUGAAGAAGAAGCGAAACAGAGGAAGUUGAAGGGUAUACUGAAUAAGCUGACUCCACAGAACUUUGAGAAGUUGUUUGAGCAAGUUAAAGAAGUCAAUAUUGACAAUGCUGUGACUCUGACUGGAGUAAUCUCUCAGAUCUUUGACAAGGCUUUAAUGGAGCCAACAUUUUGUGAAAUGUAUGCGAAUUUCUGCCAGUGUCUUGCAUCUGGGUUGCCAGAAUUAAGUGUUGACAACGAGAAGAUCACCUUCAGGCGAUUGUUGCUGAACAAGUGUCAAGAAGAAUUUGAGAGGGAAGAAAGAGAAGAACAAGCGAAUAAGGCUGAUAAUGAAGGUGAAGAUGAGACUAAGCAAUUCGAUGAGGUAAGAGAAGAGAUGAGACUCAAAGCUAGGAGACGUAUGUUGGGAAAUAUAAGAUUAAUUGGCGAGUUGUUCAAAAAGAAGAUGUUGACUGAAAGAAUAAUGCACGAGUGUAUAAAGAAGCUGCUAGGUCCAAAUCAAAAUCCAGAUGAGGAGAAUAUCGAGGCAUUAUGCAAAUUAAUGAGCACAAUUGGUGAGAUGAUUGAUCAUCCCAAAGCCAAAGAGCAUAUGGAUGCCUAUUUUGACAUCAUGGGUCAGUUGUCCAACAACAUGAAGCUGUCUUCUAGAUUGAGGUUCAUGUUGAAGGACGCUAUUGAUUUAAGGAAGAAUAAAUGGCAACAGAGAAGGAAAGUUGAAGGUCCUAAGAAGAUAGAGGAAGUGCAUCGUGAUGCUGCCCAAGAAAGGCAAGGACAAGUAAGUCGUUUGAGUCGUGGUCCCAGCAUGAAUUCUGCAAUGAGAAGGGGCAAACCUGUGGAGUUUGCUCUUCGGGGAACUAUGCUAACUUCUCUGAUUGGGCAGGGUGGUGGUUUCAGAGGUAUGCCCUCACAGGUUCAUGGGUUUGGGGGACAGGAUGGGCGGAUAGAUGAGAAAAGCAUCUUUGGAACUCGUACCCUUUCCAUGCCAUUGCCCCCAAGGCAGUCAGGUGAUGAAGCAAUAUUUUUGGGACCCCAAGGGGGGCUUGCUAGGGGGACAGUAUAUAGAGCGCAGCCAUCGCCGUCGUCAAGUUCGCCUUUAUUGGACCAUGCUCCAUCCUAUGUUGAUUCUAGCAGGACGCCAGGUGGUUACAAUGGUUACAAUAAUGUGCCAGCGCAUGGUGUGUAUAGCGCCAGGGAAGAUCACUUUGCUAGGAAUGCAAAUAGGGAGGCCAGAUACCCUGAUCGAAAUUCAGACUUGGCAAGGCCAAUAACUCCACCUGUGCCGCGGGCUGCUCCAGAUCAAAUUAUUGCUUCGGAAGGUGAAUUGCCUGAGGAGAGCUUACGGAAUAAGUCUGUUGCAGCUAUAAGAGAGUACUACAGUGCCAAAGAUCAGAAAGAAGUUGCACAAUGCAUCAGAGACUUAAAUGCGCCAAGAUUUUAUCCUACUGUCAUAUCUAUUUGGGUAACCGACUCUUUUGAGAGGAAAGACUUGGAGCGGGAUAUGCUUUCUAAGCUACUUGUUGAUCUCACGAGAGCUCGGGAAGGCAUAUUUACCCCUGCUCAGCUUGUUGAAGGGUUUAAAUCAGUAUUGACUGAGUUGGAAGAGACUGUUACUGAUGCCCCAAAAGCACCAGAAUUCCUCGGCCAGAUAUUUGCCCGAACAGUGAUUGAAAAUGUAAUAACCUUGAAAGAUGUUGGUCGGUUAGUACAUGAUGGCGGGGUUGAUGGUAGUCUUCUAGAAGCGGGGUUGGCAGGUGACAUUAUCGGCAGUGUGCUAGAAAUGAUUAAAUCUGAGCAAGGAGAAUCUGUACUGAAUGAGAUUCGAGCUAGCUCCAAUCUGCGGUUAGAGGAUUUUCGACCUCCAGAGCCGAUUAGGUCCCGUAAAUUAGAGAUGUUUAUUUAGCAAUUUUGAUGAUUUAAUCAUUAAUGUAUGUGUUUAGAAAUUUCGUGGACCGUCAGUCAUUCUAGGCACAACAAAAUCAUGAGAGUAGUGAAAUUUUCUUACUAUUUAUAGGAAGGUAAAAUGUGGUUAUAUUAAUUGCAAUAUCGCAGAAUUAGUUCUGUCAGCGAGUUGCAAUUGCAAAUUUUUGUUAAGCAUUAGCCUUUUUUCUUGUCAAUUUAUGACGAUCAAUUUUGGUAUCUAUAUGCAUUAUAUACAUUCUCUUGUUUGUUUGUA